GAAUCUAAUCAAAAUAUGCUCAAAGGCCUGAUCACACACACAAAAGACACUACUGUGAGCAUCAGAAAAAUAAGUGCACACAUUAAACAAUUACAAAAACAGGACAUCUCAGAUGAAACUUCAGUCAACCUAUUCUACUGCUUACUUGAGCUCAAAGAUCAUUCAUUAUAUGAGGAAAUAAAUCAAUACUUAAGUUCAAAUAAACGUCCAGAAAGAGACCUCUCCUCUUCAAUGUGCACAGUGCUGACCUAUGUAUUGCUGAUGUCAGAGAAGGUACUGGAGGAAUUUAAUCCAAAGCAGUACACGUCCUCAUCUUCAAACUUCAAGAGACUUGUCCCAGCUGUGAGAUGCUGCAAAAAAGCACUAUUUGAUGGCUGUGGUCUUGAUGAAAAAUACUGUGAAACUGUGUCUUCAGCUCUACAACUGACAAAUUCCCAUCUGACAGAGUUGGACUUAAGUAGCAAUGACCUGAAGGAUUCAGGAGUAAAGCUGAUUUAUGAUGGCCUGAAGAGUCCACACUGUCAACUAGGCAUACUGAGACUAUGUGGAUGUAAUCUCACUGCAAAGUCCUGUGAAAGCUUGGCUUCUGCUCUACAAUCCUCAAGCUCUGUCUUGAGAGAGCUGGACCUGAGUAACAAUGACCUCCAUGAUUCAGGAGUGAAGCUUCUUUCUGAUGGACUAAAGAGUCUAAACUGUCAACUGAAUAUACUGAGAUGUUCUAUAUGUAAUCUCACUGCACAGUCUUGUGAGAGUUUGUCUUCAGUUUUACAAUCCUCAAACUCUCUCCUGAAAGAGCUGGAUCUGAGUAACAAUGACCUGCAGGAUUCAGGACUAAAGCUUUUUUCUGAUGCACUAAAGAGUCCAAACUGUCAGCUGGAUAUAUUGAGGUUGUCUGGCUGUAUGGUGACAGAGGAAGGCUGUCAUUAUUUGUCUUCAGCUCUGACUUCAAACCCCUCACACCUGAGAGAGCUGGAUCUGAGCUACAAUCAUCCUGGAGAUUCAGGAGUGAAGCUGCUCUCUGAAAAACUAGAGGACUCAACCUGCUCAUUGGACAAACUCAAUGUGGAUCAUGGAGGAGAAUCCAGGAUUAAAGAAGGACUGAAAAAAUACGAGUGUUUUUUCACACUGGAUCCAAACACAGCAUACACUUGUCUCUAUCUGUCUAAGAAGAACAGAAAGGUGAUGCAUGUGUCUCAGUCGUAUCCUGAUCAUCCAGACAGAUUUGAUGAUGUUUGUCAGGUGUUGUGUCGAGAGAGUGUGUGUGGACGCUGUUACUGGGAGACUGAGUGGACUGGGCUUGUGCAUAUAUCCGUGUCCUAUAAAAGAGGUGAUGAGUCUGUGUUUGGACGCAAUGAUCAGUCCUGGAGUUUGUGCUGCUCUCCUCACAGAUACUCAUUCAUACACAAUAACAUAGAGACUGAUCUCUCUGUGAAGCCCAUCAUGAACAGAAGAAUAGAAAGAACAGGAGUGUAUGAAUAUAUUUCUAGAGUAGGAGUGUAUGUGGAUGAGAGCGCAGGAACUCUGUCCUUCUUCUGCAUCUCUGACACAAUGAGACUCAUCCACACAGUCCAGACCACAUUCACUCAGACACUCUGUCCUGGGUUUACUGUUUAUUAUAAAUCAUCAGUGAAUCUGUGUUGAUGAAUCAGAAGAGACUGAGCAGAGAUUCUACCCAUAAUGCUUUGAGCUGCGUGGCAAAUUAGUAACAAUGAGAUGACAUCAAUACUGCAGCUCAACUUCUGUCACUGAAAUAACAGAAUAAUGCUUGAGAAAUACUCAAAGGCAGAUAAGUGUGUGUGUGAGUGUGAGAGAGGGAGAGUCAUGCUAAGUGAUGAUGUGAAUCUGAAUUUAUGAGCCUACAUUUGUGUUUUAAUUAUUGUGUGCCUUUAAUAAUUUGUAUUAUUCUCAAAAUUACCUUUCAAUUCAAAUGUGUCUUUCACAAACAUGUCAUUCUCUGUUUUGUACAGAAAUAAUAAAAGACGGUGACGGAUCAACUUGAGAUGAGACUGAGAUUACAUUUUUUUAAUGAAUAAAGUCGAUUCCUCACAAAAAUGAAACGAACAAAAAUAAUAAAAUAAAAUGUGCUCUUAAAAUGUACUCUUCACCCUGAUUAAGAUCUGUUUAUGUGCACAAGCGCUCAUCUGACAAAAUUUAAAAGCUGAGAGUCCUGAGACCUUGUUUAAUAUCAGAAGUAACAUGAUCUUUCAUCUCUGUUGAUGUGUUGUCAGUUUUCUCUUUGCUCUGCGAUGUAUUUUUCACUGUGUGAGAACAUGUGUGUGGUUUCAGAGCUGCAUUGUUUGUCGGGCAUUAGCUCUUACUAUGUUCGAUCACAAGUAAAUGAUUUCGUCCAGGAAUUGUAAAAUCAAAAUGUUAAACCAAAAAAACUAAGGUAUUACUCACAACAAUCGUUGUAUCUUGCUAUUUUAACUUACACUCUGUGUGUACUAAUCCAUGUUGCUUAAAGAUGAACAUGCUUUGAGCGGGAUCGACUAAUUUAUGUGGAAACAUCAACAUCCUAAUUUCUGCUUGGCUGAUGCCAUUUAACUCCAUGUAACUCGGCAGAGACCUUUCUCCGUAAGUAGCUAUAUUUAGUCUCAAAAUUGCUGAAUUGGCAACACUGCAUGUGAACCCGUCAAAGAUAAAUGUGAUUGUAAGGAUGACACCAUUAGCAUGCUGCACAAGAUGUCAUGUGCGUCAUUCAAAUUUGCUCCUCAUAAUACAACAUUCUGAAUAAAUUAUGCAAACUGUACAUAAGAACACGAUAAAUGUAAAACACUAUAGAAAUUAAUUUUGAUUAUGUUCACUCACAUUUAACAUUGUAUAAUCAUUAACUCAGUUACAUUCUCCCCACUGAACUUAGUAUGCAUCUAUCAAAAAUUCUGCCAAUAAACACUUUCCCCACCA